AUGUUAAUCAAUGUGGUCCUGGCAGUGCUAUCACUUGACUUCUUGACCCGUGGUAUUCUACUUUAUCCUACCACAGAUGUUGCAUUCUCGCGCAUUGGAUAUGUCUCCCCGACCACUGCCAACUUGCUCUUUCGCGAGCCAGACUCAGCUCGCCUACCGGUGACGGUCAUGUUCCAGGAGAUUACUGAAACGAGCCAGGAUUGGUACGAAGAGGGCAUUGUUUACAAGCUGGAUAACUCCACCGACUUUACUACGACUGUAACCAUUACCGAUCUAAAGCCGGCGACACGAUAUCGCUACUCGCUGUCUAACAACAAGUCUGGCACAUUUAUCACAGCGCCUGAGCAUGAAACCCCUGAAGCAAGCCGACUAUCAUUUGUAACAUCAAGUUGCCUGAAGCCAAAUUUCCCUUACAGCCUACUAUCACAUCCACUGCGGAUCCCAGGCCUCGAGCAAAUGACCGAUGCCCUCGCCAAACUGCCCUCGCUACUCCGCCCAGCAUUCAUGCUCUUCCUAGGCGACUUUAUCUACAUAGAUGUCCCCUGGCGCUUCGGCUCAGCAAUGUCCCACUACCGCAGCGAGUACAGACGCAUCUACUCAUCCCCCUCCUGGGCCCACGGACCAGAAAACAACCGCGCCAUCGACCUCCCCUGGCUACACACCCUCGACGACCAUGAGAUUGAAAACGACUGGUCGCAGGGCAACAAAACUGCGCCUUAUCCCGCAGCAGCAGAUCCCUUCAUCCACUACCACGUGCGAGCAAACCCACCCAUCCCCGCAGCACCCUUCGCCCACCCAGACAACGUAACUUAUUUUGCCUUCGCGCACGGCCCAGCCUCAUUCUUCAUGCUAGACACGCGCACCUACCGCACCGAGCCCUCGCACAAGAACUCAACUAUCCUCGGCGGCCACCAGCUCCAAUCUCUCCUUGCGUACAUCUCAACCCCAGAGCCGGAAGGCACAUACUGGAAAAUCAUCUCCUCCAGUGUUCCGUUCACUAAGAACUGGCAUGUCGGAACCACUGAUACCUGGGGCGGAUUCCUGGACGAGCGUCGCACCGUCUUCGAAGCCAUGUGGCGCGCGGAGCGGGAUCUAGGCAUCCGCAUCGUCAUGCUUAGCGGUGACAGACACGAAUUCGGUGCUACCAGGUUCCCGGACCCAGAACUUAACCUCGGUCCUGAUCAGCUUUUGCCUAAUACGGCUGGAGUGGGACUGCAUGAGUUCAGCGUUGGUCCGUUGAGCAUGUUUUACCUCCCUAUCCGUACAUACUACCAGACAGACACCGAGGAUGUUCUGGUGAAGUAUGCGCCGAAUGGAAACAGCAAGUUUGGGCUUAUUGAUAUUGUGGAGGUGGUUGAGGAUGUUGGUUCAAGUGCUGAUGCGCCUGUCCGGGCUCGCAGCUCGGUUCUUACGUACUCGUUGUAUGUGGAUGGGGAGGCUGUUUGGAAGUAUCGUCUCAGUGUGCCGUUGGACCACGGUGUGGGUGUGCAUGGCCCGUCUCUGCCGCCGGGCCGUGUGAUUGAGGAUGAGGUUUUGGAUCUUAGUUGGGGUGUGGUGCUUGGAACUGCUGUGGGACGGUUGCCAGAGUUGGCAACAUGGACUGUUGAAACGGUUGAUAGGCUCUACUUUCAACUUGCGGAUCGACUGCGAAAGAUUGAGAGACUCGAUUAG